AAUAAUAAAAAACCGAAAAAUCCAGCGAUUGGCGUACUCUUUUCCAUUUUCAAAGUUGUGAGCUUUUCUCUCUCUCUGCUCUCUUGCUUUCGAGAUCAAUCGAAAGGAAGGAAGAAUCAUCGGAAGAAGAAGGAGAUAGAGGAGCUGAUGGGUUGGAUCCCGUGCUCUGGGAAAUCGAGUGGGAAGACUAAGAAGAGGAGCAACAGUGACGAAAACCUCAGCAGAAAUUGUUCUGUCUCUGCUUCAGAGAGAUCUAAGGCCAAAUCGUCUGUGAGUGAAUCCAAAAGCAGAGGGUCUGAUAACAUUGUGGCACAAACGUUUACAUUCUCUGAGCUAGCUACCGCCACUAGAAACUUCAGGAAAGAAUGUCUUAUAGGAGAAGGAGGAUUUGGUAGAGUUUACAAAGGUUACUUAGCAAGCACUGACCAGACAGCGGCUAUCAAGCAGCUUGAUCAUAAUGGUUUACAAGGAAACAGAGAGUUCCUCGUUGAGGUUCUCAUGUUGAGUCUUCUUCAUCACCCAAAUCUUGUGAACCUUAUUGGUUAUUGCGCUGAUGGAGAUCAAAGGCUUCUCGUCUAUGAAUACAUGCCUCUAGGGUCACUUGAAGAUCAUUUGCACGACAUUUCACCUGGUAAGCAGCCACUUGACUGGAACACCAGAAUGAAAAUAGCCGCAGGUGCUGCGAAAGGAUUAGAGUAUCUGCACGACAAAACCAUGCCUCCAGUGAUCUACCGGGACUUGAAAUGCUCCAACAUUUUGCUCGGAGAUGACUACUUCCCGAAGCUAUCUGACUUCGGUUUGGCUAAACUCGGCCCAGUGGGUGACAAGUCUCAUGUCUCCACUCGGGUUAUGGGAACAUACGGAUACUGUGCUCCCGAGUACGCAAUGACAGGGCAGCUAACACUCAAAUCAGACGUUUACAGCUUCGGUGUGGUUCUUUUGGAGAUCAUAACCGGUAGGAAAGCGAUAGACAAUUCGAGAUGUACUGGAGAACAGAAUCUGGUUGCGUGGGCAAGGCCUCUGUUUAAAGACAGGAGGAAAUUCUCACAAAUGGCUGAUCCAAUGAUUCAAGGUCAAUACCCUCCGAGAGGAUUGUACCAAGCCCUUGCUGUGGCGGCAAUGUGUGUGCAAGAGCAGCCAAAUCUAAGGCCUGUUAUCGCUGAUGUUGUCACUGCACUCACUUACCUCGCUUCCCAGAGGUUUGAUCCUAUGUCUCAGCCAGUCCAAGGCUCUCUUUUCGGUCCUGGGACUCCACCUAGAUCAAAGAGGGUGGUCUGAAAAACAAAUCCUGAGAACCGCAACGCCGUGUGAGUUAAUUACACUAGACCUUCCCGAGCUGUCUUUUUAUUGGGAUGGGUGUCAGACUAAGCAUGAAAGUGUUUCUUAAGAGUUGUUUGUAGAUAUGUGUAAGAAGAGAGAGUUUUCACAUAGAGGCCAGUUUGUAAUGUUGUUAUAGUUGAUGGAUCUACACAUGUAAUGUUUAUGUAGCAACUGCUUUGUAAUGUGACAAUAUUUCAUUAUAUGGUAUUCAGUAAUGUAUCUGUUUCA